GUGUGCCUAAGGGAUAGGGUCUGGGCUAGGUGACCUUUGAUGUUCGCUUGAGCCAUAUGACUUAGACUUAAUUAGCCUUGCAUGCAAUGCUAUUAAUGUUCAUAGUCCAGAGGGAUAGCAGUUGGAGCUGUGCCAAGUAAUAUAAAGCCAAAUAUAUAAAUUCAUUUUUCAGUGGUAGAGAGCAUUGUGUCAAUGUGAAUUAAGAAGCAGGAGAAGUUGUUAAAGUCCCCAAAAAUGGAGUAGAAGGAAGGUUCAGGUGUUGUUAUUUUACAUGUUGUAUUGCUGAGGUCUCAUUGUGCAUUUUUUCUGUUGAUUUAGAUUUGAAGACUCGUUCUCUCAUCACCCACUGGAUUAUGCUCAAGGCUUCCCUAUCCAAUGAUCCUGCUGCAACAUCUUGGGCUUCCUCCACUUAAGCGGCCCCCAUCCUCUCCUCCUAUGUCAGUGGCUACCCGGUCCACGGGAACACUACAGCUUCCACCACAGAAGCCUUUUGGGCAGGAGGCGUCCUUGCCUUUGGCAAGGGAAGAAGAGUUACCUAAAGGAGGAGAGACAGAUUCUGCCCUGGAGGAGCUGUGUAAACCCCUCUAUUGCAAACUCUGUAAUGUCACCUUGAACUCAGCACAGCAAGCUCAAGCACAUUAUCAGGGUAAGAACCAUGGCAAGAAACUGCGGAAUUACUAUGCAGCCAAUAGUUGUCCUCCUCCCUCCAGAGUGAGCGCUGCAGUAGAGCCUGCAGCAACGCCCGUUGCUCCAGCGCCUCCUCAGGUGGGCUCUUUCAAGCCUGGAGGCAGAGUGAUCCUGGCCACAGAGAAUGACUACUGUAAGCUCUGUGAUGCCUCCUUUAGCUCCCCUGCUGUGGCUCAGGCUCAUUAUCAAGGGAAGAAUCAUGCCAAGAGGCUGAGACUGGCAGAAGCCCAGAGUAACUCAUUCUCAGAUUCCUCAGAAGUGGGUCAAAGAAGAAACCGUAAAGAAGCAAAUGAAUUUAAGAUGAUGCCUAAUAGAAGAAAUAUGUAUACAGUACAGAAUAAUUCAGGUCCGUACUUCAAUCCACGUUCUCGGCAGAGAAUUCCACGUGAUCUGGCUAUGUGCGUUACUCCCAGUGGCCAGUUUUACUGCUCAAUGUGUAAUGUGGGAGCUGGUGAAGAGAUGGAAUUCCGGCAGCACUUAGAGAGCAAACAGCAUAAAAGCAAGGUGUCUGAACAGCGGUACAGGAAUGAGAUGGAGAAUCUGGGAUAUGUAUAGUGAUUGCCAUAUUGAGAUAGAGCAGUUUGUCCUGCCUGUGGUUUGCCUUCUGUCAACUUGCCCUGCUUUGUGAUCCUUUUGAUAUGAGUACAUUCCUCUGCUUCAUGUUAUAUAUGUAACCUGCAGUGGUACUGUGAGGUGUUGACACUUGGGGGUGGGGGGUGGGAAACCUGCUUCUUAGGUCAUAAUGCAUUCUAAGGCCAACUGUGUUGCGCUAUGUACAGCAUGUGACCUUCCUGUUCUUCAGAAAGAACUUUUUAUUCUUGGCCAAGCUCUGGUUUUCAGAAGCCUGAUCACUUGGACUGUUUUAACAAUCACAUAUUCUUUUGCUAUUUUAGUUUUAGUACCUUUAGAUCAAACACUACUUUGAGUUCUUUCUUCAGAUCUCAGUCAAAACAGGUAAGUAGAGACUUUCACUUUCUAAGGCUCUGCUGGAACCAUCACCACAGUGCAUUGUCAGUAAGACGUAUGCCCCACGCUCCAUUAGGGUCCCUCCUGCCCCCCAGGAUGUUGUUUCCCUGUGUCAUUUCUCUCCAUCCUGAAAUGGAAGUUUCUAGAAUUUAGACAUUUUCAAAGUGAUUUUGUUUUUCCAACUACUGUAACUUCAUUUCCAAUUAUGAGUUUCACACAUUUAAUUGCCACCACCUCCUCCUCUACUUUUUCAUGAAACCCCUAGUUGAACCAGCCUAAUAAGCUUAUUUUUAUGCUCUAGCUGUACUAUGGGUUUUCCAAGCCCAGACUUGAAUAUCUAAUAAGUUUAAGAUGGAUAUUUUUUUUCAAUGAGCUUGGGAAAUACAAAGACAAAUUUGAUUUUUUUUUAACUUAAAGUUAUAUUUUCAUUGAUAGUCAUCUGCACUUACAUGGUAGUCUGAACGGUAAGUUCAUUAAGUCUCUUUCUGUCUUAUUUUGGCAGAUUUCAGAUAAUACAGUCCUUACAUUUUUACAUUCUUCUUUGCCCUGCUGGUUUAUUGGGCUGUUCUGAAAAAAUACCACUUCCUGCAAUUUAAUAGAGAAGUUGUUUUAAAAAUGGAUCAGAUUUCAGCAUCAUCAUUUCCAGUAGAAAAAUACAUGAAUUUUGCUUUUGAUCUUUAUAUUUUGGUUUUCUUGAAGACAUUAAAAAUAUAUUACUAGUGAUUUUUAGUAUCUGGUAAUUAUGAUGGUAUUAUGCCAUAGUAUAUGUCUAAAUGAACUAAUGAAAUACUCUGAACUUUAAUUAACUGCAUUUUCUCUAUUUACUAUGUUUUAGUAAAGAUUUACACUUUUGGUUAAGACUGGUGGCCAUCCAUGCCACAUUCACCAGGAAGUUUAUAUUGAGCAGUAUUUUUAUAGUAUGGUAAACAUGUAUGAUUAUUAGUGCUAUCAAGUGAAAAUGAAACUCCUGUGUAACCUUGAGAAUUCUCUGGGCAAAUGGAUGGAGAGAAGGGAAAUUAUAAUCAUCAUUAUUUUUCACUAAUACAAUGGGACAGUUUUUGAGCACUCUAGACCUGUCAUUAAAAAUCAGUUUUGUCAUUAACUUCUAGAACAGUAUUAAGUUACUUUAUUUUGCUAAAGCUUCAUAAUGAAAGGCAAAAUUAUUUGGUAGAAGUACAGAAGACUUAACAAAUGGUCUGUUGAGAUUCUAUCUGGGUCUGUAAUUCUUUGAUAACACAUUUUUUCACUGAUUUUUUUAAAAAGUACAUUUGUCAGUUUAGGGACAUUUAGGGCUCAUUUGCCAGUUGGUUACUCAUUUUGCUGCUAAGUAUGAUUUUUGGGGGCAGAUUUUAAUACAGCGCUAGCCACUUAGUUCUAUGAUUACUUAAAAAUCUCGUUUCCCUAUGUAGAGGUAGAGUUUGUAUGGUUGUAUGUGUGUAGAGACCCUCCUCCCCCCCCCCCCCCCCCCCGUUUAUGGGAUACCAUUUAGAGAGAAUUUUACAAGACCUCUAUUUUAGAUAACAUUAAACUAUUUGAAUUUACAUUUUUAUAACAGUGGCAUCUUUCAUUUUUGUUCCUCUGAAAAUGACAUUAAUGGACAUCUUCCUGCUGUUCUCCCUAAUUAACGAUGCCAUUAUAUAUGUUCAAAAAGCUGUGGACUUAAGGGCUUGAUUUUUUUUUUUUCAGGCCUUGUAUAUUCAGGUUUCCAGUUUCCCAGUGCCCUUAAUGGAUGUUAUGGAUGCAUAAAUGCAUUUUCUUUUGAAGAAAGAAGUUAGAUUUAUAAUUGUUUAUUGUUUUAUUUCUUUGCACUAAAAAAGAUGUAUUUGUUUUAUAUGACACUUGAGUACCAUAUUGCCUACAAUAACCCAAUUUCUUCCUUAAUUUCCAAACUCAGAAAUUGAUGAAUAACUUCUGUGAUCAUUUAUAGAAAGAAAAAUCACAAGUCUGUAUGCUGGUAGGUCGGGUUUGGGGAUAGUUACUUGCUAUGUUCCUUCCAUGUUCUCUAGGGGAGACGGGGACAGAGGUUGCUGUGGCUGUGUGCUGUAUAGACAUUCUAAGCAGGAAGUUGCUGCCUUUGGUCAAUGACACGUGAUCUCUCUUGGUUUCAUGUUGUGAAAUAAGCCCUAUUCUGUAAUAUGCUUUAAGAUCUAUACUCUUCCCCCUAGGAAAUCAUGUGUCUUGUCUGUCCUAUAUGCAAGAAGGGACAGAGGACUACACAAACAAAAUAUUUAGUAAAGAGAAAGAGAUAGAAAAAGGGUAAGAAAACUAAGAAGAAUUCAUAAUAUCAAAGUCUUUUUUUUCUGUGAAUAUCUUUGUAUAUGUUGUCAUUAAAAAUCACUGUUGAAGGUAAUUAGGAACUCUUCUAGGUAUUGAGAGUGAGAGUUAUGAUGGAGAAGUUCCAUGUUUCAAUUAAAAGAUAAGAUUGCAUAUGCUUU